GCUUGCCGUACCAAGAAAGGGGCGGGACGCUAGAAAGGUCACGGAAGCGUUGCAUGCUGGGAAAACACGUGUAGCAGGAGACCAGAGAGGUGACACUUGAAGUUUGCCACCAUGUCGUCCAAAAAGAAGCAGGAGGGCGAUGACCGCUUCCAACGGGUGCAGAAGGAUCCCAGAUUCUGGGAGAUGCCCGAGAAGGAACACAAAAUCAAGAUCGACAAGCGUUUCCAGUCCAUGUUUCACGACAAGCGCUUCAAGGUGAAGUACACGGUGGACAAACGAGGACGUCCCAUCAACCAAACCUCCACGGAGGACCUGAAGCGCUUCUACAAAGUCUCUGACUCCGAGGAGGACGAAGACGACGAGGAGGACAGAAAGAGCAAGAAGUCUGCAGAGGGCAAGAAGAAGAAAAAAGUGAAGGAGAAGCUGGUGAAGGCUGACGGAGCAGUGAAGAGAGGACAAGCAGUGCAGAGAAAAGAGGGUGAAGGACAGCAGCCGGAACGAGGCGUCAGAGUCAUUGAAGAGGGAGUUGAAGAUGAUGAGAAGCAGCAAAUUGCAAAGAAGGAUGAUUUUGACCUGGGAGACAGUGACACAGACGACAGUGAGGAUGAUGACGACGACGAUGAUGAAGAAGGAGACGACGAGGAUGAUGAUGAUGAUGAUGAAGAAGAGGAGAGCGAUGUGGCGAGCGGCUCAGGUGAUGAGGAGGAGUCCGGUCUGGAUUCGGAGGAGGACAGUGACAGCGAGCCGGAUCUGGCCCGAGGCAAAGGAAACGUGGAGACCAGCUCGGAUGAAGACGACGAUGACGACGUGGAGGCCAUCCUGAAGAAAGAGGAAGAGGAGAUCGAGCACAGCUGGGGCGAGCUGGCCAAAGACGCUCCACGGAGCGACGAGGUUUCUGCUCGACUGGCCGUCUGCAACAUGGACUGGGACCGGAUCAAAGCCAAAGACCUGCUGGCUCUGCUCAACUCCUUCAUACCUAAAGGAGGAGCCGUGCUGUCCGUCAAGGUCUACCCAUCGGAGUUUGGGAAGGAGAGGCUGAAGGCGGAGGAGACUCAGGGACCGCUGGAGCUGAAGGCUCUGCCCGACGACUCGGAGGACGACAACGAGGAGCAAAAAGGUCACAGGGAGAAGAUGCGUGACUACCAGUUCAAGCGGCUGAAGUAUUUCUACGCCGUGGUGGAGUGUGACUCGGCCGACACCGCCGCUAAAGUCUACCAGGAGUGUGACGGCUACGAGUACGAGAGCAGCUGCUCCGUCCUCGACCUCCGGUUUAUUCCUGAUGGAGAAAAGUUUGACGAGGAGCCCAGAGACGUGGCGACGGACGUGAACCUCACGGCCUACACGCCCAAACUGUUCACCUCCUCCGCCAACGCAACGUCAAAGGUGCAGCUGACGUGGGAUGAGACGGACAACGAUCGUGUCACCGCCCUAAACAGGAAGUUCAACAAGGACGAGCUGCUGGCCAUGGACUUCAACGCCUACCUGGCCUCCUCCAGCGAAGAAGAGGAGGAGGGUGAAGAAGGAGGGUUUGUGUUCGGAGAUCAGGAGAGUGAAGACGAUGACGACACAACAGCAGAGGCCAAACGGACAGAGGAGCCCGCCGUGGAGGAGAAACCUCAGAAGGAAGACAGGAAGAAGAAAAGCGAGGAGCAGAUCUCCAAGUACAGAGAGCUGCUGAAAGGCAUCCAGGUCAAAGAGAAGAAGCUGCACGAGGACAAAGACAUGGAGAUGGAGAUCACCUGGGUGCCAGGUCUGAAGGAGACGACGGAGCAGCUGGUGAAGAAGAAGAUGGAGGGGAAGGACAAGAUGACGCCCUGGGAGGGGUUCCUGCAGAAGAAGAAAGACCGGAAGAAGCAGAAGAAAUCUCAUAAAAAAGAGGGAGAGGAUGAGGACGAGCUCAGUGACGAAGACCUUCCUCCAGACGUGGAUUUCAGUGACCCGUUCUUUGCAGAGGAGUUCGCCGCUACAGACACGAAGAAGAAACAGAAGGGGAAGAAGAAGAAGGAAGAGGAGCGGACGGUUGAGGAGGAAGAGGAGCUGGAGAAACAAAAGGCGGAGAUGGCUCUGCUGAUGGAGGACGACGGCAACGAAGCCAAACACAAACACUUCAACUACGACAGGAUCGUGGAGGAGCAGAACCUGAGCAAGAAGAAGAGGAAGAAGCUGCUGAAGAAGGGCGAGGAGCCGCUGGAGGGCGACGACUUCCAGGUGGACGUUAAGGACCCUCGUUUCCAGGCCAUGUUCACCUCCCACCUGUUCAACCUGGACCCCUCAGACCCCAGCUACAAGAAGACCAAAGCCACGCAGAGCAUCCAGGUCGAGAAGCAGCGGCGUCGAGGGGAGGAGCAGCGGCGGAGGGAGGACGCGCUGACCGCUGGGCCCGUCCCGGACGCCGGUCAACAGGAAGUGGAAGGGAACAAACGGGAAAAUGACUCUGACGCUCCGACACAUGAGGGCACCUCGAAGAAAUCCAUGGACCCCGGUCUGUCCAUGCUCAUCAAGUCCAUCAAAAGCAAAACGGAGCAGUUUCAGGCUCGGAAGAAACAGAAGUUCGUUUAGGUUUGACUCAAAUUUGGAAACAGACGUUUUUAACAAGAAAACGGACUGAGACUCUGGCUCCUCCUAAAAGGAUGACUGACACAGUCAACGCUUUAACUGUUUAGU